UCCUUUCCUUCUCGUCCUUUUCCAAGUGUUCAUUUCCGUCUUCUCAUCUCCUUCCAAACGCAGAAAGGGUGAAACGACUCGCACGUUUCUUCACGCUCCGUCUUAAUUAGGGGUGGAAUCAACCGGAGGUUUUUGGGGCGUUUGAUCUGGGUUACUUUGGGCGAGAUCGUCGCCGCCGAUCGGUGUUACGGCUUGUACUAGGGUUGGGGUUUGAGGGGAGGGUGGAUCGAUGGGUUUGCUCUUCGUGGAAACGCUGCCGGGCCCUAAGGUGUUCAAAUGCAAGCUCUGUAAGGUCGAUUCGGCUUCCCAGGAUGAGAUCGUCUCUAAGGAUUUUCAGGGGAGGUAUGGCCGAGCCUAUCUCUUUGAAAAAGUGGUGAAUGUUUGUCUGGGUCCAAACGAAGACAGGCAUCUUUUAUCUGGACUUCACACAGUGAAUGACGUCCACUGCAGUAGCUGCCAACAAAUUCUUGGAUGGAGAUAUCUGCUAGAAGAGAAGAAUUUUUAUGCAGCUCACAGGACAAAAAAAAAAGAGAAAGCAUAUGAAGAAAGUCAGAAAUACAAGGAAGGCAAGUACAUUCUUGAGAAAGCCAAGGUAAUGAAAGUGGGCUAACCCUAAAUCUGCCUCAUUCACACUAAGCAAUGUUAGUAAAUAAGAGGUAUUGUUCUCACUGCUGCAUCCACCAUUCGUUCUUCUUUUCUGCAUCAUUAAUAUUGCAAAAUGAUAAUCUGCCUGUUUAGUUUCCGAAUGUAUUCACAUUCUUGAACUCUGUUCAUAUUUGAACUAGGUUUUUUGUCUGCCAAGAGUCGUUUUAAUUUUAUCAAUAUAAAAAUGAUUAAUCUGUCUGCAUUUA